AAAACAGAGGAGAGAAACAGAGAAAUCUGAGCCCGUGAAAGAGGAAAUGAACCAAUCGCUGAAUCCCUUGGGCAAACAACUGACUGAAGCAAGAAAAACAAGUCUUUUGAAACCUUCACUGAAGUCGGCUGCACAGAAUUAUUAAAGGAAAACUUUACAUAUGCAGCUUGCCGAUUCCGGGGAUUUAUGUUGUAUUAGUCAAACCAUUUCCAUAAAUCAGUUCCCCAACCCCCACCCGGUCUCCACAGGCUGAUCGAAGCUUCUUGUUGUUAAAUCCCGUCUAAAUGCUCAUAAACGGUUAACAAUGGAACACAGGAUGGACGGUUAUUUGGAUCAGCAAGUGCCUUACACGUUUCCAAAUAAAGCGCACGAUCCUGGGACAUUGGAACGGGCUGUGAUUGCCAGGAAGAGGAGGUACAUCGCCAAAGAAUUAACACCAGACACAGAAGAUCUUUUCCAGGAUUUAAGUCAACUUCAAGAAGCAUGGCUUGCUGAAGCUCAGGUGCCAGACAGCGAUGAGCAGUUUGUGCCGGAUUAUCACUGUGAAAGCCUGGCUUUUCACAGUCCCACAUUGAAGAUUAAGAAGGAGCCACAGAGUCCUAUCUCUAAUCCAAGCCUGUCCUGCCGACAUAAGCAGCCAUACCAGUAUGGCAGUGGGGAACAGUGCCUUUAUGCCAGUGCCUAUGAGAAAAAGCCACAGGUUGGUCUCAACUCCCCAAAUCCUGGGAAUCCUUCAACUACUCCAUUACAGCAAGUCUGCAAUAAAUCCACUGUGAACCCCAGACGGGACCAUGGCUUUGUGAAUCUCCAUACACCCACUCAAGCUAUGUCCAAUGGCAGAUACUCAAUGGAUCACAGCUCGCAGUUUCAGCAACAGCCUUUGGAGCUUUGCCACCGUUUUCCCUCUUCCCAAACCAUGAACAGGGAAGCACCUCUGGGAUACCAGCAGCAGAUGUCUGAGCCCUGUGUCUCAUACCCACAGCACAGUUACAAGCAGGAAUAUCACGACCCGAUGUAUGAACAGGGAAACCCAGGCAAUGCUGGAAGCCAGCGUUUCUCCCACUCCAUGAUCAUCAAGCAAGAACCUCCAGAUUAUGCAUAUGACCCAGAUAUUCCUGGCUGUCCCUCCAUGUACAUGCCUAAUGAAGGUUACCUUACUCAGUCCAGCAAUUCCAAAGGUUUCUCCUAUGAGAAACAGCUGAGAUCCUACAGUGACGAUGCAUCAGUAGUUCCUGACAAACUUGAAGGUGACAUCAAACAGGAGAUCAAUACAUAUCGCGAAGGUCCUUUAUAUCAGCGCCGGGGUUCUUUGCAGUUGUGGCAGUUUCUCGUUGCCCUCCUGGACGAUCCAUCCAACUCUAACUUCAUUGCUUGGACUGGUCGAGGAAUGGAAUUCAAACUUGUUGAACCAGAGGAGGUGGCAAGACUUUGGGGAAUGCAAAAGAACAGACCUGCCAUGAACUAUGAUAAACUGAGCCGUUCCCUUCGUUACUAUUACGAGAAGGGCAUCAUGCAAAAGGUGGCUGGUGAGCGGUAUGUGUACAAGUUUGUCUGUGAGCCAGAAGCACUCUUCUCCUUGGCAUUUCCUGACAAUCAGCGGCCACUGUUGAAGUCAGAAUUUGAUCGGCACGUGAACGAAGAGGACACAGUACCCCUGUCACAUCUGGAUGAGAACACCACCUACGUGUCAGAUGCUGGGUGCAUCAAUUCACAGCACUAUAACAAAGGAUACAUGUAUUGAUUAGCAACAUGGGAAUACUUGGUUUUAAUCUCUCUAAUUGCACUGCAAUAACUAUUAGAAACUGGUAGUAAUUAUAAGUUAGAAUCUGUUGCUUCAGAACUACAUAUAACAAAUAACCUGGGAUAUAAAGUUAUAGCCUAUGUGGUUUAAGAACUUUGGUUGGUUUGUCUGCUUUUUUUUGGUAUAAAUCUCACCGCACUACAUACAUAUAUUGUGCAAAUGACUUCAGUAGCUUGAGACAGUGCUGGGUUUCUCAGCAGUCUCAUUCACUUGCAAGAAAGCAGCGAGUUGAUUCACGGCUUCAACCCAUUACAUAUUCUUGCUUCUCUUCAAUAUGCUUCCUUUGUGUCAUUCUAUGCAUCUUUCCGCAUAAAAUCUUUUAAUGAGUAUUGGUAAAUAUAUAUGAGAGACAUCCAAAUGCUUGUCACUGCCAAGUGCACAACUUUCUUUUUACCUUGAACUUAUUUUAUUGUGCAAACACCUGUAUAUUAUUGUCACACUGAUUUACAAGAAUUUUGUUUAAUUAUUAAUCUCCAAAACUGGUUUUCAAUUUGGGGUCUCCUGUUAUUUUCUCGGUGAUGGUCCACAUGUACUAUACUAUAGGUCAUGUGUCUGACAAACAAAGGCAAUACUGUUUGGAAACUUGUCAGGUAAACAUGCAUAUAAAAUUAGCCAUCAUACCAGUAAAUAUUAUAAAAUGAUAUUUUAUUUGCUCUGUUUUCAAAGAGUCCUGUUUGCUCUGGACAUCCAAUCCAAUCCUGAUAAUGCAAAAUGUUUUUAUGAGAAAGAAGCAAAAACAGAAAAUGCUGGGAAACACCUAUCAGGUCAAGCAGUGUCGUUAGAAAGAGUUGUAUUCAGAGUAUAGACAAAGGGUCUUGAACCCAAAACACUUCCACAGAUACUGCUCAACCCGCUGAGGAUUUUGAGCAUUUUUUGGGUUUUACUUCAGUUUUCUAGCAGCUGAACCUUUUCUGAUUUUCAUUUAUGAUGAGUUAUCUGACAAUAUUAAUAGGAAUAACAGCAAACUAGUUCAGUGCCUAAAAAAACUAUUGAUUGGAAAUUAUUGAAUCAAAGCUGCUCAAUUUAACCUUCUACAAAAUAAUUUGCUUAAGUUCCAAAGAGAAGCCUGGAAUUAAAAAAAAACUGAGAAGCCACAUUUAGAUUCUACUUGUAGGCGGAGGUGUUGUUUUGCUCCACAGCACUAGUGAGCGGAAAAAGCAAUUAACCGUGACUAAGCAGCGACUUUCCAUUGUAAGUACAAUGAAAAUUCCAUUCCAAACAUGAUUAUUUCAAUUCACCACGUCACCUCUUGUUAGAUGGACCUCUGAAUCUAGUCUUAAUUUUGAAGUGGGCACCUAGUCCAUAUUCACAAUGAUCAGCUGAUUAGCUUCACUUCACCUAAGGGUUAUCACACCUGAGUCCUUUUCUCUGGAGUGGAACAAGAGUUUUUUUUAAUUAGAGUAAAGACCAAUUCAUGAAGGGUCUUGGUUGAGAUGUUGACUGUUUCAUCCUAUUCAUAGCUGCUGGCUGACCUGCUGAGUUUCUGCAGCAGACUGUUUGUUGCCAAGGAAUGUACUUUUGAUUCAACUUAGAAUGGAUUGUGACACUGUCAAUUAUUAUUAAUUCCUACUAUGCAGUGGAUCUUUGGAGAUAUGAAAAUAAAUAAUGAAGAGCAGCUGAUUAUUAGAAACUAGAUGCAUACACAGUGUGUGAAGCAAGUGUAGAGAUGAGGUUUUAAAUACUGUAUUUGACAGAAUUUGACUGUAAGUUAUAUAGAGCAAAAGGGAAAGUGCCAGAACACUUUUAACAUACAUGAUGAUUUGUAAGGAUUCUACUACAGAAUCUGUUCCAGUCAUUCUCACUGCUCCACAUGAUUCUUAUUCAAACAGGAUCACACAGAAUGUCUACACACAUAGAUGCAGAGUGCAGUAAAUCUAGCGCAAUAUCACCUCUGACAGCCGUAUUCUGACUGGAUAUACCUUCAAGAGGGCUCAAACCCUGACCGUACAAACCUGGCACUAAAUUUGGCGUCAAUCAACAAUGUCAGAGGGACGGGUGAUGUGGGAGUUGCUGAGAUUGGAUUUUCAGGGUUUGGUUUGGCAUGUCAUUGUUGGUCUAGAAUGGAAGGAAUUUUAUGAGAUUGCAGAAACUUAGCUGAAAUAAUUGUCAGAUAGUAAACUUAUCCUUUCAUCACCAUGAUUUCAUAACAUGCUGGUAAAGGAAAAAAAAACUAUCUCCUCCUUGACCCUGAUUAGCAGAAAAUCCAGCAAUUUCCUUAUUAUUCAUUUCUUACUUACCCCAUAUGUUCAAUUUUGUCCAAAAGCCAACCUGGGUUCAUCUUCAAGCCAGCCAAACACAUAAAAAACAGUAUUUUUGCUGUUUGGCCAGUCCUGGUGUUGUGGUAAGGAUGGGGAAGUGACAUUCGUGAAGUGGUGUUACUCAAUGAGGAGAUACUCACAAUUAUAUCACUGUCCCUGGUCCACAGUCCCAAAUUAAGCCUUUCGAUAGAAGCUGACUACUGCUGAAAUUGACAUAAGCAGAAGGAUACGUAGAGCAGAGGAUGAUGAUUCGGGGCUUAAAUAAUUUCAGGAGCAGAAACAGAGGUGGAAAGAUGCAAGCUGUCUGUAUUAUUGCAAAGAAGGAGCAAAUUAUCUGCCAGUCAAAUAUUGUCUAAAACUUGCAAGGGGUACUGGCCGCCAUGGAGUGAAGCUACCUGUUGUGUAGAGCAAUGGAUGUAGCAAUACAUAACUUAUUCAUGACUUACUUUAAUGACUACUUCAAAUGUAGCAUUAUAUUGAACAUUUUUGGCUUUACGCACUUUGACCACAUUAGUUCUAUUUCUGUGAAACUCUCUGUUUGAAGGGGAAAAAAAGUAAUGUGGUCGCAGGCUAUUAAAGCAAGUCAUAGCUGUAACUUCUGCUAGUACGUGUAGAGCUGUGUGCAAGGAGUGGGAUGGUGCUUCCAAUGCAUGAUUUAAGAGUCCUGCUCCCCAAGCUACUUGGCCGAUAUAGGCACAUUCUAUGCAUGUUGCACCUGAAUUAUGCAAAGUCUGGGACAAUCAGAAUUUUUAAUAUCUCCAUUUUAAAAAUAUAUACAUUUAAAAAUUUUUAAAAAUAUAUUCAGCCUAGAUGCUGAAGGUUCCAGCAUCUGCAGAUUUUCUCGUGUUUGAUAUAUUCAUUAGUGUUGAAAUUGAUUUUCCUUCAUUUUGGGUUCAGGUCAAGACUGUUAAUGUUGAAUGGCAUCCUGUACAAUAGGGUGAAAAAUUAGGUUGCAUAUUGCCACUAUGAAUGCAAUGUUUUUGUAUUCUAUGGAAUGUGUUUUAUUUUACAUUAAAUGUUAUACUGUUAUCUUAGCUGAGGUACACUUCUCUUGGACGAUGGUCCAACCUGAUCAUCCUGGCUAUGCAGGCUGAAAGUUAAUGCCAAGGACUAGAUACAUAAUGAAAGAAACAAAGGGUGUAUCAAGCUUAAAAUAUUGUCAUGCUUUCUGUGACUCAUUUAUUUCGUUUGGAUUGUUUGCUAGGGAAUGACUCAGUAGAUACUGGUCAUCAUGUGUGAGCCUAGAUAGAGCAAGGACUAUUUGGUAGUAGGUGGUGCUGUACAGUAGCCAAGAAUGUUCUGGUCCAUGUGGGCUCAUUUACAGGUGCAGGAUUUUUAUCAUCAAUUAGCUCAACACUAAUUGAUACUUCAUCCAGCUCCUUGGUUCAGUUACAUACUGUCUUUGCCAACUCUAGAGUUAGAAGAGCCAUUUAUUUUGUUUAGAGAGCAGCUGAAUAAAUGACACUACAGUGUCUAAAUGAAAAGGAAACCUCGGGUAACCUUGGACUGUAUUGCCUGCAGUGAGUGUUCAGGCUCACUUUGUGAUGUGGUUUGUUUUCUCAAUAACUUAUGCUCAAAGGGUCUUUAUCCAGCGUGCAGUAAAUGCUUUAUUUAGAAUCGGAGAAGAAAUCCAACAGGAGCUUGUAAGAGAAAUAAACCAAGAGGAACUAGCCAGUGCUGGCAUACAAAACGGAGUUAACUGCGCCUGAUGGACUGCUGAAAAUUUAUUCAUAAUGUUUGGCUCUUACCCACGAAACACAUUUGACAUUCAUAAACUUCAUAUCCAGCAGAAUGUUUUGAUCUCAGAUGGCAAAUAUCAUUUCAGCUUAUGCACCUCAAUGACUCAGUAGAUUUAUUAUCUGCAGUUGCUGGUGACUACUGUGUGGGUCAGGUUUUAAAAAGAAAUGAGUUAAAUUUAUGUGGGUCCCAUCAUGGCUUCUCAACAAGCUUUACAUUGCAAUAAAAUAAUUUGAACUGUAGUGUCUGGUGUAAUCUAAUAAAACAGCAAUCUAUAGACUCUCCCUCCCACUUUACCAUCCUCAAAAACUGAAGGGGCCAUGUGAGGGCCUUGGUUUAUGGUCUUUGACAAAGUGUCAUUCCCUCAUUACUAUAUGGGGGUGACAUCCUAGAUUUUUGCCCAGAUUCUGGAAUGGGUUUUGACCUGCCACCAUCUAACUCAGGGCAGUAGAUGCAAACAGGUGAACCACCAGCUGACAGCAAUCUCCUCAUUUCGUUCCCUUAAUUGCUUAGAGUUACAGUAGCUAUACUCAUGGAGAGAGACAUGAUAAAGGAGUAAUCCUGAGAUCCCAUAACCAUUUCCUCCAUUGUGAGAAGACCAUAAAAUAUACAGUAGGGGCAUAAGAGGUCAAUGUUGAGAAUAAGAGGUCAGUUAUUUAAAACAGAGUUGAGGAAGAACUUCUUCUCCCAGAGAGUUGUGGAGGUGUGGAAUGCACUGCCUCGGAAGAUGUUGGAGGCCAAUUCUCUGGAUGCUUUCAAGAAGGAGCUAGAUAGAUAUCUGAUGGAUAGGGGAAUCAAGGGAUAUGGGAACAAGGCAGGGACUGGGUAUUGAUAGUGAAUGAUCAGCCAUGAUCUCAGAAUGGCGGUGCAGACUCGAGGGGCCGAAUGGUCUACUUCUGCACCUAUUGUCUAUAAGUAGGCCAUUUGGCCCAUCAAGUCAUGGCUGAUUUUUUUUUCAAAUCUGUUCUCUCACUUACUCCCUGUAACCCUUAACCUCUUUACCAAUCAAGAACAUAUCAGUCUCUGCCUUAAAUACACCCAAUGACUUGCCUCCACAGCCCCCUAUGCUAGUGAAUAUCAGGAGACUGUUCAAGGAAGAGGUUGGUGCAAGCAAUGUACGAGGAUGUUUAUGCUCUGCUGUCUUCCCCAUUGUUGUAGCUUGUUAAAAAUCUCAGUCAGCGUUCACACUUGAUAAAGGACAAUCAGCAUCUCUGGGAGACUGCCUGGGCAAGGAAUAGAAGAGAUGCCGUUCAGAAAAUAUAUAUUAUGGUAAUUUUCUGGAUAUUAUUAGCAAGACUAUCAGAGCAAUCAGUCAUUAUGUAGCAUUGUACAUAUUGUGGAGGUCAAUUCUAAUAGAGUUUGAGAAACAACAUCUUAUCAAACUGUGCCUUUGAAAGAGAACGAUUAAAACUGAGGACUGCAGCUGUCCUCUAACCACACUGUCACCUAAACUCUGUCUCCUUAUGAGUUCUGAAGACAUCUGUCAAAAGUGGGUUGAAAACUUAGUUUUGCUUGUUUGAACACUAAACAAGCCUCAAUCCUGAUUUUUAAUUUUUCUCUUAGAAACCGUUAGAAGCAGCUAUUGUGAACAAGAUGCUGUACGUGUUGUUGUUCUGAAGUAAAGCUGAGGCACAUGGUUUGGAACUCCAAGCUACAUCUAUGCUGAACCCCAAUGUGGAGUUCUUUGUGCCAACAUUGUGUGUGGAGAGGAACAUGAUCACUCUUCUGCACAUCGAUCCCUACUCCACCAAGGGCAUCUGAAAGGUCUAUUAAACUCACUUAAUCUGACGCGGUUUAAAAUUGUUAUGAACCUGUAUCUUUGUUAAUCCUUUAAAUAGCUUGGCAAGAUAACAUGAUCACACAAAUGUAAAUAAUGUAAUCUCAUUUUUUUCAAGGAUUUUUGCAUAAAAUGGUUGAACAGUGAACUAAAUGACUACAAAAGUUGUAGAUGCCAUUCAUUUGUAAAUGAAUAUUAAUCAAUAAAUUGAAAUCAUUAUACCAUCA